AUGAUGAGAAUUUCAUCAUCACAUGAAGUUGAAAGAGCAGUUUCUAACCGUUUGAGAGCCAUUUGGAGCACAGAGGUGGCACAAGGCAACCCUCAGCGCAAGCGGAAAAGUGACUGCACCACGGUGAAACAGCAAAGAAAGCAAAUAAGGAACACGGAGGCGUUUGAUGCACUGUUUUCGCCUACAUGUAAGGACGAUUUGGAAGAAUAAAUGUGCAAAAAAUACAUAUGUACAAAAAGAAGAAACACGUUUCAUUUCAUCACCCAGUGAUAGCGAACAGGGUCUGUAGGGAG